UUCUAUGUGUGCAGAAUUGGAAGAAAACACUAAUGCCAAAGUGCAAUGGUUCUGUGAAAUACUAAAUGGCUUUGACUGCAUUUGUCUUUCAUUAUUUUUUAUUGAAAUUAUUCUGAAAUGGUUAGAAGGAUUCAGAACAUUCUGGAAGAAUGGUUGGAACAUCUUUGACUUUUUAGUGACUUUUACUACAUUUAUUCCAGAAAUAAUACUUCUGGUCUUACAAAAUAAGAAAUACUCUUCUGUUCAGAAAUUGGUUGAAGUUAUGCAAGUAUUUCGAGUCGUCCGUGCCUUGAAAAUCGUGAUGCACGUGGAGCAGGUUCGACUUAUUGCUUUAGCCAUCACAAAGGCCUUUAAAGAAAUGACAUUCAUUGCGAUGAUGCUUCUCACAGUAAUGUACAUCUAUGCCAUAGUUGGAGUUGUGAUGUUUGGGAAAUAUUCCAAUAUUAAUGUUGAAAAAGUGGAUAGUGAAGAAAAUUUCAAAAAUUUAUCACAAGCUGCUGCCACCUUGUUCCAGCUUUUCACCUUGGAUCACUGGUUAAAAGUUUUUAGUGACAUUUACUCUCUAAUUGGUACUUGGUUUUCAAUUAUCUACAUCAUCAGUUGGAUAUUAAUAGGAUCUUUCAUCUUCAGAAACAUAUUUGUUGGAAUUCUAGUAAACAACUUCCAGAGUAUCAGAACAGAGCUAGUUCAAGAAGUAGAGCAGUGUUUAGUAAAGUCUUCACUGGCAGAUGAGUGUCAAACUGAAGUUGAGGAACUUGUAACAAAAAGUGGCCUAUAUAAUCCCACUUCUUCACAUACAAAAUUUCAAAAAGACAAGCAAGCAGAUGAUGAAACACGACGAGAAAGUGUGUAUUAUGACUUCAGUGAAGAGGAACUUUCAAUAGAUGAAGAAGAAUAUGAAGAUGCUAUGGAAGACCAAUCUGACCAAAAAAAUACUGAAGAAAAGCCUCAACUAAUUUCAAGUAGAGCGGGAACACCAGAAUUAAAUCAAUUAUGGAAUGAAAUGAUACAUUUAAAACUGGAGUCUCUGGAAUCUAACCCACAGGAAACAUUGUGGCCUGAAGACACCUUAUUUUGUUACUUGCAGCUCCUUGAGUCUUUGUGUGAAAACUUAGAAGAGAGGAAACAGCUGUUGGAGCUAUCUGCUACUGCUCUCCUGGAGAUUGCAGACUCGAUAUCCACAGAAUAUAAAUAGGGAAGAAGCCACUUUAUUAAAUAUUAGAAAGAACUAUGUUUUUAAAAUUCACACAAGUUUUUAUCGUUUGUACAUAGUAAAACGUUUAUUUUAUUCAAAAUUUUUCACCGGGUUUACCUGGCAUCAUCAGGUAAACCUUAUUAAUAAAAUAAACAAAGUUUUACAACAUACAGCCAUUAAAAAACUCGUGUGAAGAAUCCACUGUUUCUUUGUUUUCAAGUACUACUUUCUAUAUAUUUAAAACGUUACUAAGAUAUUGAGGAUUUUAUUAUAUGUUUUCACAUUAAAGAUUAACAUUUCUGAGA